AUGUCCGGCUCCGACUUCACGACCCUUGUGGACCGCCCUACGAACGACUCACACUCCAUUAGGUUCCGCUCUAAGCCCACUAAGCCCUCCCUCCUUGCCGCACCUACCGAAAUUCGCCAAAAAAUUCUCUUAAAUCUCUUCAACAUUGCCAGAAUUGACCACAAAGGCGAUAUCAGCUGGGUGCCACCGGAACUGGAAGAUAUUUGCCGGCUACUCAAGGAAGACAUAGAGGUGCUUGAAAGGCUCUGGUCCCUGCUGCCAUCGUCCGGCUGA